AUGACACUUCCGUCAGAAUGUCUUCCCUAUUCGAUGCAUAUACAUUUGUCUUACCGCACCAGCUUCGAUACUGUAUUUAACAAGUACGAAGUUGACAUUUUAAUUGGUUUACUCAUAUAUUGUUACAGGUACAGCAAAUGGAAGCACAAUUUGUUCUCAAAGCUUGGAAUUCCAGGGCCAAAACCAAAGUUUAUAUUUGGUAUUUUACCUUGUUAUAAGAAAGACGGUUUGGCUUGGACCGAUUUGCAGCUAGUUUCGACAUAUGGAAAAGUUAUCGGAAUUUACCACGGACACAACCCGGCUAUGUUAGUAGCCGACCAUGACAUGAUCAAGGAAAUCUGCAUCAAUAGAUCUGAUGUUUUCAUCAACAGAGCAUCUGCUUUUGAUAUGUGUGGGGUUCUCGGAUGUGCUGUUGCCCUUGCGGAUGACACGCACUGGAAAUUUCUCAAGAACAAACUGGUUCCCGUGUUUACUAAGGAUAGACUAGAACAGAUAUGUCCCACGUUGACUGACUGUUUGGAUACUAUGGUUGAAAAUAUAAAGGUCUCUUCUGAAAAAGGGAAGAGUUUCGACUUCACCACCCAUUGCAGUCACUUAUCUAUGGACAUAUUGAUGAAGUGUAUUUUUGGUCAGACGGUCAACUCGGCAAAAGAUCCCGAAAAUAUGUUAAUAAAGCAAGCUCAGAGUGCAUGGAAAGCAGGAACGGAAGGUUCAAUUAAGCUUGGUGGGAUCUGCGCAUUGUGUCCACCGAUGAGAAAGGUUCUAAAGUAUUUUAAAGUAUCACCAUGUUGUACGAACAUCGUCGAUUUUUUCAUGCAAAUCACCAGAGAGAGAAUGCACCAAUCGGAAUCGCCGAUUCAGGCAAAUCUUUUAAAGUUUAUGACAGAAAGAAGUGAGAACGACAACAAUAAUUUAGCCGAUAAGGAAGAAAGAAGUCUUACAGAAGAGGAAAUCACAGCUAACAUCAUUUUCUUUAUCAUGGCUGGAUACGACACUACAGCGAAUGCUCUAUCUUUCGUGGCUUACAAUUUGGCGACUAACAUCGACUGUCAGGAACGUCUGAUUCACGAGAUAAACAAAAAUAUUAAAACGGUGGAUAUGUGUUAUGAUAGUAUUAUGGAAUUACCUUACCUGGAUAAAGUUAUUUGCGAGACGCUCCGGUUGUUUCCACCCAUGCUCAGAUUCAAUAGACGUGCGUCCGCUGACGUAACAGUGUGUGGUCAACAUAUACCUAAAGAUAUGGACGUGUCCGUUCCUAUUUUCGCUCUCCACAGAGAUCCCACCGUUUGGACAGACCCACACAAGUUUGAUCCAGAUAGAUUUUCUCCAGAACAAGUAGGUAGUAGACCUGCAUACUCAUAUAUCCCAUUUGGAGCUGGAGCCAGACAUUGUUUUGCUUCCAAGUUGGCUGUUUUUGUAAUAAAAUUGGCUAUAGUUCAUCUCCUGAAGCAUUUCCGGCUACAGACAGCACCUGAAACAGUGGUACCUCUGAAACUGGACAAGGGCGGUUAUGCACGUGCAGAAAGUGGAAUAUGGCUUCGAGUGCAGGCGUUAUGA